GCAACAAGUUGGCCACUGAGGUCAGCGUGGUUCAGUGUCCGCACAGAAGGAGAGCCGCUCGCAGUGAAGGGAUGGAGGAUUUAAAAUUAAAAAUAAAUAAAAACCCGCAGUUGAUCCCAAAGUAGCGGGUGCCUUCACCAACACGCACCUUGCUGAGACAACAACGUGCCUUUUCAGCACUUUUUCACCGGGAUCAUUUUUCUGUUUGUCGGAACACGUGGAGCUGAGAGGCCACAAUGCCAAAGAUCGUCCAGGUCUACGAAGAUGACUGACUGCUCCUCCGGGCAGUGCUGCGUAAACCCCUCACACUUGAGCGUUUAGCGAUUGUGUCCUACUCAUCGUGUUUCAUCAUACCGGAUGUGACAGGAAAACCAACAAAAACGUGUCAUUUACUCUGAAAGGAUGAUGAGGAGGAUCAAAGAUGUUUACGCUAGUUACAGUUGGGUUUACUUGGGUUCGUUCUGUUGGUUAAAUGUCACGAUAACACGGUGUAAACGACGUGGGGUGGGUACUGGUGGAGGCGCUUCGCUCUCGCGCCGAGUGAGGCAUCUUGUCCGCGGAGAGCAGCUUGGACCAUGCGGGGCCGUGACGUCACGCAGAGCCGCCGCUGGUGUUGUGCGCUGAGAGAGUGAGCGGAGGAGAGGGACCGCGUCAGGGCAACUUUUCCACUGGAACAUCAGCGACACAUCUCCCCGUGGUUCGUCUCAAAAUGGCUCCGAUAACGACCGAAGGAGCCGAGCAAGAGUCCCAGCCCAAGCCGGAUCAAAACGGCCCCGGCGAAACAGCAGAAACCGGCAGAGAGGAGCAGGCCGUGCCGGACCCCAAACAGGAACCGGGCGACAACAACGAUAGCAGAGCAGGAAUGGACGUGAGCGCUGGUCACGGUGAGCCGGAGCAGCUCGGGGACAUCCCGUCCCGAGUCCCCGGCACCGACAAAGAAGCCGCGUCUCCCGGCGAAAAGCCACACGGCGACGAAGGGGAGCCCGGCGGCGAACUCGCCGAACCGGGGAAAAGUCCCGUUCAGGGGAGUUUGGCGAGUAGUGUCGACUCCGCACAGGAGGGCUCCCGGGUGCUGAAAGAAGAACAAAGAGAGGGGGAGAACGUGUCCUGCUCGCCGCCUGCGGAGCGCACAAAGACCGCGGAGAGAGCCGGACACGGCACCAAGAGACGGGCCAGCGUGGAGCUGACCUCGUCGGAUGGAGAGCCGCUCAGCCGGAUGGAUUCGGAGGACAGUAUCGGCAGCACCCUGAUGGACAUGGAGAGCACGGCAUCCAGCGGUCGCUCCACUCCGGCCAUGCUCAAUGGCCACAGCGGGGGUGCGGUGUCUGGGAGCGGCGCGGUGCCCGCGGGGGGCAAGUCUCUGAGCUACACGUGCUGCUGGGAUCACUGUCAGAUGCUGUUUCCCAGCAGUCCUGACCUGGCUGAGCACAUCAGAGCCACACAUGUGGACGGACAGAGAGGAGGGGUGUUUGUGUGUCUGUGGAAAGGCUGCAAAGUGUACAACACGCCAUCAACCAGUCAGAGCUGGCUGCAGAGACACAUGCUGACCCACAGCGGGGACAAACCAUUCAAGUGUGUGGUGGGAGGCUGCAACGCCACGUUUGCCUCUCAGGGGGGGCUGGCCCGUCAUGUCCCGACUCACUUCAGCUCACAGAGUUCAUCCAAAAUGUCCAAUCAGGGAAAAGUGAAGGAGGAGUCUCCGUCCAAGGCCGGCCUAAACAAGAGGCGGAAACUCAAGAACAAACAAAGACGCUCACUCCCCCGACCUCAUGACUUCUUCGAUGCUCAGACCAUGGACGCCAUCCGUCAUCGAGCCAUCUGCCUCAACCUGGCAACACACAUCGAGAGCCUGGGCAAUGGACACAGUGUGGUGUUCCACAGCACGGUAAUAGCCAGAAGGAAAGAAGACUCUGGGAAGGUAAAGCUCUUGCUGCACUGGACACCAGAAGACAUACUGCCAGAUGUGUGGGUGAAUGAGGGCGAUAGACUGCAGCAGAAGACCAAGGUGGUUCAUCUGUCGAAGCUGCCCACAGACACGGCUGUACUCCUCGACCCCAACAUUUACAGGAUGUUCUUCUAACGGUUCCAGAGAAGCUCUAAUGUCACAUCCUGCUAAUCAGACCUUAAGAAGGAGGCCGUGUGCUUAUCCCUUCCUCUCCAUCUCCAAAACCCUCUCCCCCCUCCUCCCUCCCCCAGAGGAUGCUGGGAGUGUAGUUAUUGUUUGUCCUGGCUGUCUCAGGCCCACAGUGUUUUCUUUUUAUAGGUGCUGAGUUUACUGAGGACCCGUAGGGCAAGAUGUUGCUUGUUUUAGGUAACACAACUAGACUGAAAACUAACUUGACAGUGCUGUAACUGUAGACCUGUGUAGAAAGAAGCUGUCUUUGUAAAUACUUGAGAUUUGUAAUAUAUUUUUAUACUUUGAAUUUUUUACUCCACUGUAGAUAGAUGCCUUUUUUCCACCAAACAUGUUUAAAUAGAUGUUUUUAAAACUGAUAAUAUUGUUCAUGUGCAUAUAGCAUUGCUCUGGUUUGAUGCCAUUAAACUUUUCCAACCUC